AUGAAGGCUCUCCAAGCGGCCAACACUGCAGCUGGAGGACCAAUUCGGCCCGAGUCCGGCGCGUACAUUGCUGCACAAGGUGAUCCCAAGCACAUGUCUGUAGCAACAACGGGGAUCGACAGCCCAACGAUGCAGCAGCAACAGUUAUAUGGCACUCCGUCACAGCAUGGCUUUAGCCCGGCGUUCGGAUACGGUGCCCCACAAAUGCAGCCUGCGAUGGUCCAACACGACCAAUACGGCAACCCCUAUGGCAUCCAACCCAUAGGUAUGGGAUAUCCUGGAAUGAGUCCUUAUCCACAGGCCCAAUCUCCGCCACCACCGUUCUACGCUUCGGGUGGUACGUACGAUCAGGGACAUUAUAAGCCACCGGCAGAGGUUGCUGGGGACGUGAUGCACCCCGUCCCUGUAAAUCGGCAGAGCACUGGCAUGAGCGACACGCAGAGCCAAGUUACCUCGACCACUGCUGCGACAGGGUCGCACCAUCAACAAGGAGGCGAACCGAGGCCGCCAGCGGAGUUGAGUUCGCAAGGAAGUGUCAGGUAUUAA